GGACUGAUUUCCCAGAAGCGGCCGCAGCGGCUGCGGAGCGGGUGUGAGGCGGCAGACCCGGCUGCGGGACCCGGCAGGGCGCGGCGAGAUGGAGGUGACAGGGUUAUCGGCGCCCACAGUGACCGUUUUCAUCAGUAGCUCUCUCAACAGCUUUCGUUCCGAGAAGCGGUACAGUCGCAGCCUCACGAUAGCUGAGUUCAAGUGUAAACUAGAGCUUGUGGUGGGCAGCCCUGCUUCUUGCAUGGAACUGGAGCUGUAUGGAGCUGACGACAAGUUCUACAGCAAGCUGGAUCAGGAGGAUGCACUGCUGGGCUCAUACCCCGUAGAUGAUGGCUGCCGCAUCCACGUCAUUGACCAUAGCGGCGCCCGCCUUGGGGAGUAUGAGGAUGUGUCCAAGGUGGAGAAAUACAAGAUCUCACAAGAAGCCUAUGACCAGAGGCAAGACUCAGUUCGCUCCUUCCUGAAGCGCAGCAAGCUAGGCCGAUACAAUGAAGAGGAGCGGGCACAGCGAGAGGCUGAGACCACCCAGCGUCUCACAGAGGAGAAGGCCCAGGCUGAUGCCAUCUCCGUGGGCAGCCGCUGUGAGGUGCAGGCACCUGGGCAGUCCCCUCGCCGGGGCACCGUCAUGUAUGUAGGACUCACAGAUUUCAAGCCUGGCUACUGGAUUGGUGUCCGCUAUGAUGAGCCACUAGGGAAAAACGAUGGCAGUGUGAAUGGGAAACGCUACUUCGAAUGCCAGGCCAAGUAUGGUGCCUUCGUCAAGCCAUCAGUUGUGACAGUGGGGGACUUCCCUGAGGAGGACUACGGGUUGGAUGAGAUGUGACGCCCAAGAAAGGACAUCCUUCUGCUCCAGCUAACUUGCCCGUUUAUUGCCCCUCCCUGUGUGUGCCCGUAGCCCCCUUUCCCUGAACUCAUUUUUAUUUUAUUCACUUUGUUCUUGCCAUUGACUUUUGAGACUUGUGUAUUAAAUUUGCCAGACCUGGGAAGCAUUUGGAGGACUCAGUGAUUAUAGGAGGGGCUGAGGGCUGCUGGGUAGGUGAGGGUGAAAUAAGGGGCUGGGCAAAGUAGAAGUUGGGCAGGGUGAGGCUUUAUCCGUUAGCUGGUAGUUGGAGGCCCAUGAGACUCUUCUUUGUCCUUUAUUAGUUAAUAUAAUAUUCUGCUGCUAUGACAAAUAGGCCCAAAAUAAUAGUGGGUUUCACAGAUGGAAGUUUAUUUCCAUGUACAGUCUCAUCUCAUCACCAAGAGCUAAUGAGGUGACCCCUCCAUGUCAGAGGCCAGUCUUCAUCUCCAUGUAUCUCGUUGCGCUCCCAUCACCUUGUGAUUCCCACUUCGUGCUCCAGGCACAAGAGGAGGGGUUAUCCCUUGUCUUUAAGGACUACAUACAUACAACUCAAAACUUGUUCCUGUUUCAUUAGCCAGAAUUUUGUCUCAUGGCCACUUGUAAUUGCAAGGGAGUCUGGCAGAUGUAGUUUUCAUUCUGGGCAGCCAUGUUCCUAGAGAAAUAUCAGAAGUUCUUGUACUAGAGAAACUAGAGAGAAGAGAUAUUGGGGGUCAGCAAGUAGUUCUACCACAGUCUCUGUGGGUGGGGGACCUUAUCUUUUCAUUUAAUACAGUUGACCCUUGAACAACAGGGGUUUGACCUGUGUGGGUCAACUUAUAUGUGGAUUUUUUUCAAUAAAUAGUGUAAAUGUA